UCAUUUUGAGUUUUGUCAGUCGAUUAUUCAGUCAGUGUCAAAAGGAAGGAAACAUUUUUAGUAUGCUGGUUGUGGAGAAUAUUUUUUUCUUUCGAAGGAAGAUAGAACAGAGAAGCUAAAAAUAUAAGCAGAUGAAAUCAUACACAAACGCAUACGGACAGCUCACAACUCAAUAGCAAGCAAAGCUAGUCUUUGAUAUUAGCUUCUAACAAUUUCGUGUUGGGUGGAACGAUUCUCCCCGAUUAGCAUCGUCUUUUGGAGUAAAUUAAUAAUAUUGUGUAAAUUAUUGGUGAUUGACCUUGUGCGAUAAGAGGAGCGCGUAGGAGAUUCGGAAGGAAGAAAUAGAAGCGCGAUCCAACACCCAAAGUGCUCUUUUCGUAACGCCAGCUGAGACCAGGACGGUUCCUGAUAGAAUAUAGAUAUUCCACAAUGAGCAAGGACGCUCCACCGGCCUAUGGCUUCGUGCCACCACUCUCGGCACCACCCAGCUACGCACAAGCAGUGGGAGGAGUUCCACCGGCCAGCCCAUAUACGGCCAAUAUUCCACAGCCAACAGGACCGUCCAUCAUUACUACGGUCGUCCCGGUUGGACCGCAAACGACGCACAUGAUUUGCCCAAGCUGCCAUGCUGAGAUUAACACACAAACGACAACUUCGCCCGGUUUGAUCGCCUAUGUUUCCGGUUUCUUGAUUGCUCUUUUUGGUUGCUGGCUUGGAUGUUGCCUGAUUCCAUGCUGCAUCGAUGAAUGCAUGGACGUUCAUCAUUCAUGCCCACACUGCAAUGCCUAUCUUGGACGACACAGACGAUAAGUGGAUUCUAUUGCUUUGUAUGCUAUUCCAAUUACGCAAAUCUCUGCCACGGAUCUAACUCCGCGAUAUCCAGAAGUGAAGUGUUGUACAUCACGAUUUAAUACUUGUUUGCAAACAUUAUAAGCAAAAACAAAUAACCCGACCAUAUCUAGUUAGAGUUUGUUCUGGCAAAAAAUAAGUCGUGCCAUUGUGCAGAAAACUCAAAAUUUCGAAAUUGCCACCGUUACAAAUCAGAUAUACUAGAUAUCAAAAGAAAUAAUGUAAUUUGUUUGCAUGUUUGUUAUCGAAACAUUUUUGUUAGAAAUACAAAAAAAAUUCUGAGCUUAACACAUAGAAAACAAAAUUUUGUGCACCACGCUAAUUUUGAUCGAUCCCGAAGAGGAGUGAUAGUUUGCUGAACUCUAUUACUAGUAUCCUCGUCUGGUUAAGAGCAUCUUCAACUAAGAAAAACUUUCAGCACGACACGUCUAGCACAAACUAUAUAACACGACUUGCCUAAUAAGACCAAACCAUUAAGCGCCCAAUUUCAAUAUGUUUAGCUCAGUUCUUCCCAGCAUUCUUGUUAAAUUAGACAAAUAGAAAAGCCAAUAACUCGACAGCAUACACCAAUUAUAGACCUAUAGUCUGUUCCAGUUUUAUUUUGUAAAUCUACUUUCUACAUCGAGCUAGUAUGGUAACUUACAGUUUUCAUUGUUUCUUUUGGAGUUCAAUAUGCUGACAUCUCACGGUUUUUAUACAUAUUAAUAAUAUUUGUAGAUGUAAUGUUGUUAUAACAUUUGCAACUGGUAAUUUUCAAUAAACCAAAAAUAAUUUUAGUGUAAUUAAA